GCUGCCCGGGCCGCGCGCCGAGCGGGGACGCGAGCCAUGGAGGAGUCGCCGGCCCUGUCCGUGGGCCCCAGCAAGCCGCACCUGGAGAAGCUGACCCUGGGCAUCACCCGCAUCCUAGAAUCAUCCCCAGGUGUGACAGAGGUGACCAUCAUAGAAAAGGCACCUGCCGAACGUCAUAUGAUUUCUUCAUGGGAACAAAAAAAUAACUGUGUGCUGCCUGAGGAUAUAAAGAAUUUUUACCUGAUGACCAAUGGCUUCCACAUGACAUGGAGUGUGAAGCUGGAUGAGCACACCAUUCCAUUGGGCAGCAUGGCAGUUAACAGUAUUACAAAACUGACUGAACUCAACCAGUCUUCCAUGUACUCACUUCCUAAUGCACCAACUCUGGCUGACCUGGAGGAUGAUACACAAGAAGCCAGUGAGAACCAGCCCGAGAAGCCUCACUUUGAUUCUCGCAGUGUGAUAUUUGAGCUGGACCCUUGCAAUGGGAAUGGGAAGGUUUGCCUUGUCUACAAGAAAGGGAAACCAGCCUUAGCGGAAGACACUGAGAUCUGGUUCCUGGACAGAGCAUUAUACUGGCAUUUUCUCACAGAUACCUUUACCGCCUAUUAUCGCCUGCUCAUCACACACCUGGGCCUGCCCCAGUGGCAGUACGCCUUCACCAACUAUGGCAUUAGCCCACAGGCCAAGCAAUGGUUCAGCAUGUUUAAACCCAUCACCUACAGUUCAGACCUGCUCACCGAAGAGACUGACUCCUUUGUGAACAAGUUGGAUCCCAGCAGAGUAUUCAAGAACAAGAACAAGAUCUUAAUCCCCAAAAAGAAAGGGCCUGUUCAGCCUGCAGGCAGCCAGAAAGGGCCCUCAGGUCCUCCCACGACCCCUAAAUCCUCCUCUGCCUCUGGAAACCCUGUCCGGAAAUGAGCGCCCCCCACCUCCAGCUCCCUGCCAACCCCACAGCGAUGAUUUUCAUGCACAAAUGCCCCAGGGGUGGUCCAAGCCUGAGGGCCUCCUUCCAUCCGAGUGACCAGACUCCCAGGCCUUUCAGUCCCAUCAGCAUUAGCAGCAGCUGGAAGAGCACACUCAGGCCUCCCAAGAGUCCUCUCCCCUCGCAGCAGGUUGUGCCACCCCUGCCUCCAGAAGCUGCAGAGAAUUUUAGAUCUUGUUUAAGUAGCCAAACAGAUCUGUUAAGAGCUUCCCAGCUGCAACCCCCUACCCUUCAGCACUGAUUGAAGAGUCCCCCAAAGAGACCGCUGGUUUGGGCCCAUGGGGCAUUAGAACUACAGUGUUCAGUUGGUAGCCACUAGUCACAUGUGGCUAUUUAAAUUUAAAUUAUACUAAAAAUCCAUUUCUUCAUUAUACAUAUUGCAUUAUAGCCACAUUUUGAAUAUUCAUGUGGCCAGUGGAUUCCAUGUAGACAGUGCAGAGAUAAUGGGAUAUUUCUGUCAUCAUAGAAAAUUCUUUUGGACAGCACUAUAUUAGAAUAUUUCCACACUACUCUUCCUCAGACGAAUUAAUACUUGUUAGUGAAUGUUGGUACCUUAAUUUGAUGGUCAUACUGUUUCAUGAAAACUCUCGAAAAUACAAUUAUAUGUUCUUUAUAUCCUUCACCACAAACAAAUCUUCUUCUGCACAUCUUUUUCAG